AUGAUUUACAUGCAUCUUGCACUUUUGGCUUCAUUGGAAGGUUUUACUCAGGGAACGAUCUUUGCUUUUCAUUCAUCAAGUAUUGAUUUCAUAAUCAACCGAGAACCAGUGGGAGAGGAUAGAACUUUCGGUAGAAUACGCGUUAAGGAGCAUUCGGAUUUUGAUAACGAGGAGCUAUACUGGGUGGAUCCUGAAUCGCCUGCAUACCAUGUGAUUAACGUUAAUCCACUGACUGGAGAUCUGACAGCGGUCUAUCCUCUAAAUCCACAAUCGUACUUUGUGACAAUCCAUGCGGGUAGCAGAAAUGAAAAACAUCAUUCAACGGUGGAGGUUCAUUUGCACGUCGAGUGUUUCGCAGGUUCUAAAAUGUGGAACAAUGCCCUUGGCUGGUCACGAAUCAACUUGUCAUACGAAAAUCAGAAUGAUGAACUUCGUCUCUGGGAAGUGCUCAAAAGUGAGACAUCUGGAGCCACUUUGGCUCCAAUGAAUCCCCGUCACUUUGAACUCGGUUAUCGGAUUACAUUGCAACAGUUCGGCUGCAUUCCACCGAUUCGCAUCACAUGUAAUCCCUCAAAAGGGAUCAAGUUGACCAACAUGAAGCUGGAGUCUGUUGGCGGGGGUAUGAAAUGCCCCAGCGUCACAAGUGAUCGUAUGUCGGAAUAUCAGUUACUGGCACAGUUUUGGGCUACAACUCCGUAUCACAUGUCGAAUGUGUCAGGACUAGUGAUCACGAAGGUCUCCACCGAUCAAGAGUCACACUACUGCAAGUUCCCACCGUAA